UAACACGCCCUAAUAUUCCCUUCGGAUUGGCUUUUCUUCUUUGGAGUAAACGCUACUAAAACUUUUCUCCAUCUCUUCGUAGCGUCGCCGCUCUCUCAUCUCCGAAUUUUCACUAUUUCCAAAGUAGCAGUGGUCUGUUUCAGAAAUGGCAGACGAUGAAUAUCGCUGUUUUAUUGGUAACUUGUCAUGGUCAACUUCUGAUCGAGGAUUAAAAGAUGCAUUUGAGAAGUUUGGAAAUCUUGUUGAUGCAAAGGUUGUACUUGACAAGUUCUCUGGCCGAUCUCGUGGAUUUGGUUUUGUUACAUUUGAUGAAAAGAGAGCAAUGGAAGAUGCCAUUGAAGCAAUGAAUGGAGUGGACUUAGACGGUCGUGAUAUUACUGUAGACAAAGCCCAGCCUGACAAAGGUUCAGGUAGAGAUUUUGAUAGUGAUCGACCUCGUGACCGUGACCGAGAUCGGGGUCGCGAUCGCGAUCGUGGUAGCCGUGAUUAUGGAGGUGGGCGGGGAUCUGGUGGUGGUGGAGACUGCUUUAACUGUGGUAAGCCAGGACACUUUGCCAGAGAAUGCCCUAGUGAAGGGGGUAGAGGUGGUCGGCAUGGUGGCGGAGGUGGUGGUAGUAGAAGCAGUGGCUAUGGACCCGAUAGGAACGGAGAUCGAUAUGGAAGCCGCAGCAGCAGAGAUGGUGGUGGUCGUGGAGGAGGUGAACGGUUUAGCCGUGAUCGCUCUGGGCCAUACGAACGUCGCAGUUCUGGAAGCUCUCGAGCUGGCUGAUGCUUUAAGUUGUGCUGAAGAGUUAGAAGUCCUACCAGCUGGAUGCAAGUGAUUUGAUGUAUGUCUACUUGGUGCUGUUCCCCUGGCCUGAGCCAACAAAAUGGAUGAAUCGUUUGAGCUCAUGAAACCUGGCUCUUAUAAACUACUGUUCUAUGUCCGUAAAUGUUUGAUAUUACAGCUUGAUCGGGAUCUUUAUGCUUGCUUAAUUUGCAAAUUUGACUAUGGCCUCACACUUUCGAAUGCCACUAUGGUUGCUAGUUAUUUGCUCACUUGGUUUGGAAUUUUGAAAACCAUUGUUUGGUGCUGGAUUUGUUAUGAUUUCUUGCAUGACAAUCGCACCUCUGAAACUUUGCCUUGUGAUUGAUGGGUCUGAUGAAUUGUCUGAAUUUAGUACUGGUGAUCAAAAAUCUGGGCCAGCAGGUGUUCAUGUCUAAUUGAAUUUUAGAGCUGGAUUAGGAGUGGCCUUUGAUGUGUUCUUAUAAAAUCUCUUUAACAGUUAAUGGGAGUUAACCGGGUAAUUUAUUCCAUUUUACCCUCUAUUAGUCCGUUCUAAGUUCUCAACUUUUAUGAUAUUAAUGCUGUUAACCUUUUGGCAGGCUAUUUUGUUCCUUUGUCCUUCUUUGGGUACAUGAUUGGUUAUCUCGCUAGUUUUGGUGCACAUUUAAAUUUGUAAUUGAGAAAGCAUUUUGAAGAGAGAGAAUGCUUCUGCAUGGAAAGAUCGUUGGUGGAAGAGUUAGUUUUCCUGUUAGAUGGCGAGAUGUUUAGAUACUCUUGGAGGGUUCAGCAAUAUGGGUCCACUAAUUUGUUCUGCUUUGGUGUUUCUAUUUCGCGGGGAUGGUUCUUGUUCUUUUCUUGUAGUCCUGGUGUCUGUUUUCAAGAUCCAAAUGAGUGCAAAACCAAUACAGCAAGACUUCAUUUGCUAAUGAGCUCCUGGUUCUUAGUAUCUUUUCUUUCUACUUGGCAGAUGGUUCUGCUUUUGAACUCCAGUUGGAGACUUCGGCCUAUUUUGAGUCACUAGUGCAUUGAAGGGUGA